AGAUACAUCCAGCGCACAGACGGCUUUCACCAACCACCAACUCUUUCCAUUUUCUAUUGAGUUUAUUUUAGUGACUUUCCCUCGUAUCUUCCACUCGUUCAGUGUAUGAGCCUUAUCUACCCAUCUCCCCUGUCUCCAGGUCCGCUCUUCUUUCCGUCACCUCCUCCGUGGGCUGAACCUGCCAGUUCCUCUUUAAUAGAAGCAGCUGCGAGUGACGAGUGACUGUCACAUCACAGCGAGAGCCGACAGAGAGAGACAGGCAGCUGCUGCUGUUCUACUGGGGAAGGCUGGACCCCUACAGGCAAGAGACACAAGGUGGGGAGGGAAUGAACUCUCCCCCCUCCACUUCCAGAGAUUGUCGAACGUACUAUACCACUCCCCAAACUGUGAAACAACUGCUGGAGCAAAAGCGCCAACAUAAGAGUUCCCAGGCAUCUGCAUCUCUUGUGGAAUAUAAUCAGGAAGCAGAUGCUGCCAGCUCCUUUGUCCCGCACCCCACACAAGAUGAUGAAGACCUCUUGUUCCCAAGGCAUGGUGCCCACUACAACUAUCCUGUCCUGGAAGACCUGUAUCCCUCAGGAUCUGGGCCCUUGUAUGGCCAGGAGAGGAGAUAUGACGCAUUAAGGAGGGACAUUCCGAGCUGUGAAGCAGAGAUGGAGGUUUCCUUCUCACCCAACACCUACGUGGCUCCUUUUUCCCAUGAUGCCUCCUGGUCCGGACACUCCCAGGCUUCCUACCCUGUGGCUGAGCCUUUCCUGAGGGUACCGGGGGCUGUUGUUCCAGAGAUGGUGCCACUGGACUUGGAAGAUGCCAGAGUGGAAAUUCAGAACCUGAGCCCAGAUCAACUCCUAAUCCGUGAUGAGGACGGAGACACGAUUCUCAACCUGUACGUGGCGCGGGGGCUGCGCUGUCAGUCCUAUGCAGUGGCUGAACGAUACCUACAGUACGGCCAGUUAGACACCAGGGAACAUAAUGGGAAGUCUCCCCUCCUAGUGGCUGCAGCAGCCAAUCAGCCAGAGAUCGUGUACGACUUGAUCACGCUGGGCGCCGACGUGAACGCUUCAGAUUGGAAGGGCCAGACUGUUCUGCAUGUGGCUGCAACAUAUGGAUUCUCUGAUGUACUGAGAGUCUUUCUAUCUCUCCAGCGGCAGCAGAAUUUUGAUGUGGAGGCCAGAAACUAUGAUGGCCUGACUCCCUUACACUGUGCAGUAAUCAGCCUCAAUUCUGCCUAUAAUAGUAAAAGGCUUCAGCCCAACCAGGAGAACCAACAACAAGAGAGGGAAAGUAUGACUUGUGUGCAACUCCUGCUGCAGCUCGGAGCCAGUUGUGCCAGUCAGGACAUCAAGAGCAACAAGACGGUUCUCCAUAUGGCAGUGCAAGCUGGGAACAUCCCUCUGGUCAAGUUUCUCCUGAAUUUUGCCCACACUGACCUACCAGCCCUCAUCAACCUGAAGGCCCAUGGAAACACAGCUCUCCAUAUGGCAGCCGCUCUUCCUUCUCAGCGAUCUACUGAGUACCUGAUUCAGCUGCUCCUCUCCUCGGGGGGAGAUCCAAGCAUGCGCAACCUGGAGAACGAGCAACCUGCCCACCUGGUUCCACCUGGGGAGCUCUCUGACCAGAUAAAGCUCUUGCUGAAGCGCCGCCGCAUUACAUCAUCAACACGCCACCAGUCAUCUUCUUCCUUAUAGGAGCCGCCAAGACAAAGACCACUUGUCUAGUCCCGACGUUGAGACCUUUCCACUCACAGAAGGAGCCUGUAUCUCUGUGGCCCGUGUAGGUAGAUCCAGACAGGUUCUGCUGAAGAAUCGGUCAACUUCUAUUUUUCCAUAACCUCCUGGUUUCUAUGAAACUGCCAUUAAUUUCUUAUAGUGAAGAAACUCUCAUUUCUGCAUAGCUCUCAUCUGUCCCUUUUUUUAGUGACUAUUCUUAUUUAAAAAAAAACCCUGGGGGGCGUGAUUUGCUAGCAAUAAGGGAGGCUAUGGUGCUAACUGUAGGUGUGGCUAACUGGUAGAUUAAAUUCACAAGGAUUAUUGGCUCAGAUAAAACACAAGGGGGCAAAUUCACUAAGAUUCGUAGUUGCGCCAGGUGCAACUUCGCCGCGCUUCGCCGCACUUCGCC